AAGAGCAAAGCGGCUCAAUAAACAUUUUGUGGUGGUUGGGGUUUUAUUUUGAAAUCUAUUGCCCGGAAACUGUAUUGUUGUUCUUCUGUUGCUAAAUUGUGAACCAAAAGAGGAAGCUGGAACGGUUUGGCAGGCUGCCGCAAAGACACCACAUGGAAAGAUGAGUGUCCCUGACUACAUGCAAUGUGCCGAGGACCACCAAUCGGUGCUCGUGGUGGUCCAACCAGUCGGCAACGUCCCCGAGGACCAGUUCUUCAGGAUCUACAAGCGCAUCGCCAGCGUGAGCCAAGUCAGCACCAGAGACUCACAGCGGAUCCUCUACAUCCGCUACCGCCACCACUACUUGCCUGAAAACAACGAAUGGGGCGACUUCCAGACGCACCGCAAGGUGGUGGGCCUCAUCGCCAUCACCACCUGCACCUCCUCCAAGGACUGGCCCCUGACGGCUGAGCACUUCCACGGCCAGAAGGAGGUGUACAGCUCCACCCUCUACGACUCUAGGUUGCUGGUGUUCGGGCUGCAGGGUGAGAUUGCGGAGCAGCAGAGGACGGACGUGGCCUUCUAUCCCAGCUUCGAAGACUGCUCUGAUGUGGAGAAGAGAGUGGAGGACUUUGUGGAGUCCAUAUUUAUCGUUCUGGAGUCCAAGAGGCUUGACCGUGCCACUGACAAGUCCGGCGACAAGAUCCCUCUACUCUGUGUGCCCUUUGAGAAGAAGGACUUUGUGGGUUUGGACACUGACAGCAGGCAUUAUAAGAAGCGCUGCCAGGGACGGAUGAGGAAGCACGUGGGCGACUUGUGUCUCCAAGCGGGCAUGCUGCAGGACGCCCUGGUUCACUACCACAUGGCCGUGGAGCUGCUCAGGGCCGUGAAUGACUUCCUCUGGCUGGGGGCCGCCUUGGAGGGUUUGUGUUCAGCUUCGGUCAUAUUCCACUAUCCCGGAGGCACCGCGGGGAAGAUGCUCGCACACAAGACAAGUAUCUCCCAGCCGGCAGAUGCAGGGAAGCGCCACAGACCAGGGGCUCAGGAGGUUCUCAUUGACCCAGGCGCCCUCACGGCCAACGGCAUCAGCGCCGACACCAGCGCCGAGAUUGGCCGAGCGAAGAACUGCCUGAGCCCGGAAGAUAUAAUCGAGAAAUACAAAGAGGCCAUCUCGUAUUAUGGAAAGUAUAAGAAUGCAGGCGUCAUUGAGCUGGAGGCCUGCGUGAAGGCGGUGCGGGUCUUGGCCAUCCAGAAGCGGGCCAGAGAGGCGUCGGAGUUCCUGCAGAAUGCCGUUUACAUCAACCUGGGACAGCUCUCCGAAGAGGAGAAGAUCCAGCGCUACAGCAUCUUGUCUGAGCUCUACGAACUGAUCGGCUUUCGGCGCAAGUCUGCAUUUUUCAAGCGUGUCGCCGCCAUGCAAUGCGUGGCGCCCACCAUCCCAGAGCCAGGCUGGAGGGCCUGUUACAAGCUGCUACUGGAGACCCUCCCUGGAUACAGCCUGUCCCUAGACCCCAAGGACUUCAGUAAAGGCACUCACCGGGGUUGGGCCGCCGUUCAAAUGCGUCUCCUGCACGAGCUGGUGUAUGCCUCCCGCCGCAUGGGCAACCCCGGCCUCUCCGUGCGCCACCUGUCCUUCCUGCUGCAGACCAUGCUGGACUUCCUGUCAGAUCAAGAGAAGAAAGAAGUGACCCAGAGUCUGGAAAACUACACCUCCAAGUGCCCAGGUGGAAUGGAGGUCAUCACCUUACCGGAUGGCCUGAAGCUGCCCGCUGUGCCCUUUACAAAGCUGCCUAUUGUACGGUCAGUGAAGCUUCUGAACCUCCCAGUCAGCUUGCGUCCUCACAAAGUCAAAGGCCUGCUCGGCCCCAACAUGGCCACCGCCAGCCCCUUCAUCUACUCGCCCAUCGUCAUGCACAGCAGAGGAGAGGAGCGCUGCAAGAAAAUCGACUUCCAGUGGGUUCAAGGAGAUGUUUGUGAGGUGCAGCUCAUGGUCUACAACCCCAUGCCGUAUGAACUCCGAGUGGAGAAUGUGGGUUUAAUGACAUCGGGAGUCGAGUUUGAGUCCCUCCCUGCUGCGUUGUCGCUGCCCGCAGAAUCUGGCCUUUACCCUGUCACUCUGGUGGGCGUCCCGCGAACCGCCGGUAACAUCACUGUCAAAGGCUACCACACCUCGGUCUUUGGCGUGACGAGCGAUUGCCUUCUGGAGGGUCUGCCGGGCGUGAAAACGGACGGGUGCCUGGUGGAGGUCAUUCCCUCGCUUCCUCGUCUGCAGCUCACCACAUCGCUGCCACGGACGGUGGACACACCACAGCCCAUGUCCAAAGAGGAACUGUCCAGCACUGUGUCUGUCCAGCUAUUCAACGGCGAGAGCCAGCAGAUGACCAUCACCUUGGAGAAUAUCAGUUCGGUCGACAUCGAGAGCCUGGAACUCACCUCCAAGAUUGUUAGCACCAAAGAGAAAGUGUUUGGGGACUUUCUGAGCUGGGACGUGGGGGAGGCCAUCUCCCGCUUGCCUCUAAAGGCCGGCCAGGCUGUCACGGUGACAGUUGGCAUUCAUGUCAAAUUGGACUUCUCGGGCCAGGAGAACUUGUUGCAGGACCUCAACGAUGAUGGAAUCAGUGUGACAGGCCUGCCAAUCUCCAGUCCUUUGCGUCAGGUCCUCAAGCCCAGGCCCGAAAGCAAGGCUGUCAGCGGCGAGUCCGGCAAGGGGGAGUACAGUCAUAUUAAGACUUUAGAGGCAGUCCUGCACUUCAAGUACUCCGGAGGAGCAGGCAAAGUGGAGGGCUACUACAGGGAGCUGUCUGUGGGGGUCCACGUUGAUGUGGAACCCUCUGUGUUCUUCACCAGAGUCAGCACCCUUCCUGCAACCAGCACCCGUCAAUGUCACCUACUGCUCGACAUCUUCAACCCCACAGAGCAUGAGCUCACCGUCAGCGCCAAGAACAACCAGGACCUUGUCCUCCAUGCCAGCGAGUGCCAAAGGAUGGCCAUCCAGGUUGACAAGUUUGACUUUGAGAGCCUGCCCCUGCCCGACCAGGAGACAAGCCGCUUCACGAACACCAAACAGCUGGAGGAGGAGCGACAGCACGCUCAGGGCUGUCAGAUCAACAGCAAGCUGGGCAUCUGUUGGAGCAUCCCUUCUCUGCGGCGCCACGGCGAGGCCAGCGUGGAGGGAGUCCUCAACCAGCUGGUCCUGGAGCACCUGCAGCUGGCACCCCUGCAAUGGGACGUGUUGGUCAACGGGAAGCCGUGCGAUUGCGACGUGAUGGCCGACUGCCGGGUGGGCGACGCCGUGUCCUUGGAGAUCAAGCUGACCAACCUGAGCAAGAACUCGGUGGGGCCUCUGGCGCUGACCGUGGUACCCUAUCAGGACUACCAGAACGGGGUUCAGAACUACGACCUGGGCGAGGCCGUGACUUUCAUCGGAUCCAACACUUUCUACAUCGACACGGUCAAAGCCAAAGAUAAGUCGGUCUGCACGGGCGCUCUUCUCUUCCUCUACACUGGAGAUUUCUACCUUAACAUCAAGUUUCAAGACGACAGCGCCGGACGAGAGCUGCCCUUAGCUUGGUUCACGCUACCCAGCGUCCACAUCAGAACACGGGACACUCUUCUACAGGCUGCAGCCUGAAGAUGCUCAGUAUACUGUUAAGCAUGUACAUGUCUUUUUUUAACAAUAGCAGCUAGGCAAGUCAUAGCUAGGAUGGCCACGUCCAGCAUGUAAGUUAUUUCUAUCCAUACAGAAAUAUGACUCAUUAUGUGACAUUUAAAUGUUGUAAAUA